AUGAGCUCCAAGAGCAAGAAUGGCGCUCUCGAUGCUCCGUCAAAGUGGGGUACACCACAAACCACCGACGAGUCGCUGAACGCAGCCGCACCGGUGCAGCUCGAGAAGUGUCCAGCGGACGCUUGUCAAGAGCGCCACUGUGCCGCCGCCGCCUGUAAACACCUGGGUAGGUACCGCUGCCCGGUGUGUACUCGACUGGGGUUCAAGGGUCCUCCUGCGUUUUUCUGCUCGGUUGCUUGUUUCAACCGAACGUGGCCGUUGCACCAGCGCCUGCACCUGGCGUUGCUUGCGAGAAGCUUGCAGCGUAACCACACUGCAACGGUAAACGAGGUGAACGAUAGCGCGGCGGACCCUCCGCCCUGUUUUCACGGCUACGCAGGGUACACCGGCCCACUGCGACCCUGGAAAGUAACGCCUCAGCGAGCGGUACCGCCGACGAUUCCGCGGCCGGACUACGCAGAGACCGGGGUAUCGGCCGCGGAGGAGGCGGCGAAGCGUUCCAACCAGAUACCGUGUCUGCGUCCGCACGAGAUCGAGGGUAUGCGUCGAGCGUGCAGACUUGCGCGUGAGGUGCUCGAUCUUGCGGGCAAGGCUGUUGACGUUGGCGUAACCACGGACGAGCUCGAUGCAGUCGUUCACGAGGCGUGCAUCGCUCGCGGUGCGUACCCGUCGCCGCUGAACUACUACGGCUUUCCCAAGUCGUGUUGCACUUCCGUGAACGAAGUCAUAUGCCACGGGAUCCCGGACUGUAGGCCUCUAGAAGAUGGAGAUAUUGUCAACAUUGAUGUGACGCUUUAUGUGGACGGCUUCCACGGUGACCUGAAUGAGACGUUUCUGGUGGGCCAUGUUGACCGAGCCUCUCGAAUUUUGGUCAAAAACGCAUACGACUGUCUGCAAGCUGGUAUUCGCAUCGUGAAACCGGGCCUAGCUUUCCGGGAUAUUGGGGCAGCGGUUGAGGAGCAAGCGCAGAAACUGGGGCACAAUGUUGUACGAACGUAUUGUGGCCACGGCAUCCAUCGGCUAUUCCAUGCGGCUCCGAAUAUUCCCCACUACCGGAAAAACAAAACUCCUGGUGUGGCCCGGGCCGGGAAUACGUUCACCAUUGAGCCGAUGAUUUGUCAGGGCAGUGCACGUGACGUUCUCUGGCCGGACCAGUGGACAGCAGUAACGAGCGAUGGCGGACGCUCUGCCCAGUUCGAGGAAACGCUGCUGGUAACGAACGCGGGCGUGGAGGUGCUCACCGCCAAGACGGAUGCUUCACCACGCUAUUUCUGGGAGCGACCUGACUGGGACCAAGACUAG